UAUUGGCUUGCAAGCUAUGUAGCCGAUGUAGCCCAGCGUGGCCACCCGCAAUGGCUCUGCUCAGUCCUGCUGAGGUGGAGCGAUGGCUCCAGAGCCUGGGAGGUCUACUGCCUCGCGAGGCUAUUUCCGCGCUGGUAGAUGAGGUUCGGAGCCAGGGGAUGGAUGGCGCCGCCUUUGAUGGCCUCGUCGCCAGUCGAGCAAUGCCGGCACUGGGAGAUUCCGUCCGCCCAUCUCACAUGGCGACCCUUCGACGGUGUUGGAAUGCCAAGCGGCCGAUGAACCUCGGGACAACGCCCAAAGAGGAAGGGAAAGGACAGAGGUUGGAGCAAAAGCCGAUCACACCAGCGAGGUUUGAUCCACCUCCACGUGAGCCGGUCGUCUCGGCAUUGCCGGAGGUCUCCCUUGAGCUUUCCAUCGAGAAGGAAGAGGAGCCAGCAGAAGUUCCAGACGCAGAUCCCUCCACUCCAUUGAGUAGUGCUCUGCAGAAGCAGAAGGCCUCCAGACCACCACAGGUCCCGCGAUUGGAUCUAUCAAUGGUGCACAAGAAAGGAAGUCGAAGUGACUCCGACAAUCUGAUGAAGCACGAGUGGAAGGCUGGAAGGGUGCACGGAAAGCCGAGCUCUUCAGCACCUGAUGAGGCUCACAGGGCUGGCUUUGCUUUCGCCAGUGCUGAG